GCUAAAAACAGCUGACAUUUUUAUUUUAUGUAAACAAAGGAUCGAAUUUUCUACUUUGGUAAAAUUUAACAAAAAUAUACAAUAGAAUGGUCAAAGUUGAUGUUGAGUACUGUCCGAAAUGCAAUUUCGAGUGGCAAUGCAAAAUGCUACAAAAUUUCCUACUCCAACAAAAACCAGAUGCGGAAGUCGUAUGUUCUAAAGGACGUCAGGGGUCAUUUGAAGUAAAAAUAGAUGACACUUUGGUACAUUCCAAAUUGCAGUCGUUUGCAUUUCCUGAUCACGAAAGUGUUUUGGAAAAUGUACGACGUGCCGAAAAGGGUCAACCAAUAGAAAAAGUUAAAGAGCAACCAAUUGACAAUUGUAUGUUAAUGUGAUAGCAAAAAUGCAAUCGACACAGUGACUUGAAAACUCCUGAGUACGCUGUAAUUUUCCAAUCCCUUACGUUUAAAAUUAUAAAUGAGAAAAGCUAGCAUACCUUGGCAUAUGAAACAAAUAGAAGGUAUGAAAUAAAAAAUAUAAUUAACAUUCUUUAAAUGCCAUUAA